CGGAGGUCAUUUUUAUAAAAAGAAUUGUCCCUCGUAAAUUCUCACUUGAAUUGUUAAACGGUUACAAACUAUAUUUUUUUAAAUGUAGCUUAAAAAUAUGGACUCUUCCUGAGAAAUCUUGCCCUCAUUGGCUCAUCUGUUUGACUUCAAUAAUAUUCAAAUAGUUGGAAAUUAAUUUUAACCAGUAGCCAUGAAAACAAGUAGGAACAAGAUUUCUCUGAUCAGCACGAUCCUGUUGGUCUCAAACCAAUUGCAAGUGGUUUCCCCACUGACAUUGCGAAAAUGUCUUACGAGAAGGUUUUCAAUGAAAUUAAGAAGGUGGGUGUGAUUGGAGCUGGACCAGCAGGGCUUGUGGCUGCCAGGGAGCUCAAGAAAGAAGGAUUUGAGGUGGUGGUGUAUGAGCAGAAUGCAGAUGUGGGUGGCAUUUGGUUGUAUAAUCCAAAUGUGGGGAAUGAUCCAGUAGGAUUGGAGUUAACAGAACCCAACCAGGGGACUAUCUAUCAGUCUCUCAGAACAAAUAUAACCAGAGAGGCCAUGGGCUACAUGGAUUACCCUUUGCUUGUCAAGGAGGGGAGGAACCACAGAAGGUUCCCUGCUCACCAUGAAAUUCUUCUGUACCUCAAGGAUUUUGCAAGGGACUUCAAUUUGGUUGAAUUAAUUAGAUUCAAUACAAAGGUUGAAUAUGUUGGGAUGGUUGGUGAAGACAAGGAAUGUGUUAGUACUGGUGAAGAUGGCAGGAAUAUGGAUGGCGAUCCGAUGGAUGAGAGAGUUCCGUGGGUUGUGAGAGCAAGGAAUGCAGGAAUUGUGGAAGAGGAAGUGUUUGAUGCAGUGGUUGUGUGCAAUGGUCACUUUAGAAAGCCCAAAAUUGCUGAAAUUCCAGGUGCACAAAAAUGGCCAGGAAAACAAAUCCAUAGCUUAAACUAUCGAGUUCCCAAACUAUUUGCCAAUCAGGUUGUGGUUAUUAUUGGGAGUUCAGCAAGUGCAUAUGAUAUUUUAUCGGAUUUAAAGACAGUGGCAAAGGAAGUUCAUAUGUCUAUACGAUCGACACACAUGAAACAUGAAAAAGAUGCAAGUAUUCACAUCGACUUGCAUCACCCCAAUGUGCAUCUACAUCCUCUGGUAACCUAUCUAGAUGAAGAUGGAAUUGUGGUCUUUGGAGAUGGUUCCACAAUCAUUGCUGAUUCAAUUAUCCAUUGCACAGGGUAUUCUUAUUCUAUUCCAUUUCUUGAUACGAAUGGAAUGGUGAUAGUGGAGAAUACAGGUGUGAGUCCAUUAUAUGAGCAUAUAUUUCCUCCAUUGUUAGCUCCUUCUCUUUCAUUUGUUGGGAUACCCAAUAAGAUUAUAAGUUUCCCUUUUUUUGAGUUACAAUCCAAGUGGAUAGCAAGCAUAUUAUCAAGGAAAGUGAAGCUUCCGUCAAGAAGGGACAUGAUCAAAACUGUGGAGGAGUCAUAUGAUUAUCACCAGGAGAAAAUUGGUUUAUACAAGCAUCUCAUGCAUGACAUCGGAAAUUUUGAGUAUUGUGACCAGCUUGCAGAUCGAUCUGGAGAAGCCCGUUUUGAGGAAUGGAGGAAAGAAAUUGUAACAGAAACCGUUAAGCUUCUACUCUCCAAUCCAGUAACGUUUCGGGACAUGUGGGACGAAAACUACAUGCUUGAAUUGCUGGAUAAAACCCCUACAGUCAUCAUUGAUUCAUGACAUUGUAGAUGGUUGAAUUUCUUAAAUUUUUAAAAUAACAUGACUAAUUUUAAACGUGUGACAAAAAUUCAGUGGUUUUUUAUUAAAACAGUCCAACGAAAAUUUAAAUAGACUGCCAAGAAAAUAAAAGAAUUAUACUGUGCAUUUUAUGUGAGAAUCUAGUCACUAAAACUUUGUGGAGCAUGGCUGCUUCUUAUUUUU